AUGGAAACAGGAAAUCAAACAAGGGUUUCCCAUUUCUUACUUCUGGGAUUUUCCCAAGACUCAGAGCAUCACCCCAUCUUAUUCUGUCUGUUCCUCUCCAUGUACCUGGUCACCGUGCUCGGGAACCUGCUCAUCAUCCUGGCCGUCGCCUCAGACUCCCGUCUGCACACGCCCAUGUACUUCUUCCUCUCCAACCUGUCCUUUGUUGACAUCUGUUUCACCUCCACCACCGUCCCGAAGAUGCUGGUGAACAUCCACACACAGAGCCAAGCCAUCUCCUAUGCUGGAUGCCUCAUUCAACUGUAUUUCUUUACAGUUUUUAUUGGAAUGGACAACUUCCUCCUGACCGUGAUGGCCUAUGACCGGUAUGUGGCCAUCUGCCACCCCCUGCACUACAUGGUCAUCAUGAACCCACGCGUGUGUGGCCUCCUCGUUCUCUUGUGUUGGUUCAUCAUAUCCUGGGCUUCUCUGGUUCAUGUUGUACUGAUGCGGAGGCUGACCUUCUGCCCAGGAACUAAAAUUCCACACUUCCUCUGUGAACUGGCUGAGAUGCUCCAGGUCGCCUGCUCAGACACCCUUGUCAAUAACGUCUUCAUGUAUGUGACUGCUAUCCUCCUGGGUGUGUUUCCUGUCACUGGAAUUCUCUAUUCUUACACUCAGAUUGUGUCAUCUUUGAUGAGAAUGUCCUCUGCAGGGGGGAAAUAUAGAGCAUUUUCCACCUGUGGGUCUCACCUCUCUGUGGUCUCCUUGUUCUAUGGGACAGGGAUGGGGGUCUAUCUCAGUUCUUCUGUGAGCCAUUCUUCCCAGAGAAGUUUGGUGGCCUCAGUCAUGUACACUGUGGUCACCCCCAUGCUGAACCCCUUCAUCUACAGCCUGAGGAACAAGGAUGUGAAGGGGGCUCUGAGAAGGCUGAUAACCCGGAUCCCACAAACACCAUGGCACUUGCCAGAGCCACACUGUAGAGGGGGACAGUCAGUAGUCUUUGGUGUGCAAAAGGAUGCCCCCAGCUACUGGCUAUCAGACCGCUGCCCGUGCUGCGUCUUCCUCAUGGUCUUUGCCCUCGAUCGCUUCUCCGUCAAGAGAGCCCCUAUUUAA